GCCAGAACAGUAUCCCCCCCCCCCAAUGUAAGAUGGUGGCCGUCUGGUGGUGAAGAUCCCCAGGACAGGAGCAUCCAGGCCCCGGGUAUUUCUAACGCUGUCUCGAAACCAAGCCGGUUAUACACGGAUUGUAUCCAGUGAGCUCCGACAAACUGCCAGAGAAGGAGGAGGAGCUGCCGGUCCGCCCCCCAGUGCCCGCCAUUACCAUCCCAGCACUCACUGUGAGCGGCCAGGGCGGUGCGAGGAUUGCUGCAUCAUCACAGAUUUUAAUUUCACUAAAUUAUCCUCAGUCUGGAAAAUAUAUCUUUUUGGUUUUGUUUUGGUUUUCUUCUCCGUUUUUGGGAUCCAAGAAAGAUGUCCCGCAGCCCCGAUGUGAAGGAAGACCCUGUGGAGUGCCCCCUUUGCAUGGAGCCUUUGGAAAUUGAUGACAUCAAUUUUUUCCCUUGCACAUGUGGAUAUCAGAUUUGCCGCUUCUGUUGGCACCGUAUACGCACAGACGAGAACGGGCUCUGUCCCGCAUGCCGAAAGCCAUAUCCAGAAGACCCCGCUGUCUACAAACCUCUCUCCCAGGAAGAACUGCAGAGGAUAAAGAAUGAAAAGAAGCAAAAACAGAACGAACGCAAACAGAAAAUAUCAGAAAACCGCAAACAUUUGGCCAGUGUACGCGUGGUGCAGAAAAACUUAGUCUUUGUAGUGGGCCUUUCACAACGCCUCGCAGACCCCGAGGUUUUAAAACGGCCAGAAUAUUUUGGGAAGUUUGGUAAAAUACAUAAAGUUGUCAUCAACAACAGCACAUCCUAUGCAGGCUCACAGGGUCCAAGUGCCAGUGCAUAUGUCACAUACAUCCGGUCAGAAGAUGCACUUCGAGCUAUACAGUGUGUCAACAAUGUGGUAGUAGAUGGGAGAACGCUUAAGGCGUCUUUAGGUACCACGAAAUACUGCAGUUACUUCUUAAAAAAUAUGCAGUGUCCAAAGCCAGACUGUAUGUAUCUACACGAGCUGGGGGACGAGGCGGCCAGUUUUACAAAAGAAGAAAUGCAGGCGGGUAAACAUCAGGAAUACGAGCAGAAGUUGCUUCAGGAACUCUACAAACUAAAUCCUAACUUCUUACAGUUGUCUACGGGUACAGUUGACAAGAAUAAAAACAAAGUAACUCCCCAGCAGAGGUACGAUGUACCCAACAGUAAUAACAAAGACGCCUGGCCAUCAUUACAGAGUUCAAGCAGAUCCACCAAUGGUUUAACACUGGAACACAGAAAAUCGCCUCCUAUAUUAGACAAUGGCUUAGAUCCAGACCAUUUGACUCCAGACGGUCCAGACUCAGACUUUGGGCUGUUUUGGGAUACCGCAGAGCAUAAUGUUUCCAAAUUUGGCAGGGUCAUAGAGGACGAUACAAGUUCUGUCGACAAAUCAUCAGAGUCGUUGAGUAUAGGGAACGGAGAUAACCUGCAACAGAUAUUACCAAGUGACACCCCAUCACCUCCGCCAGGUUUAUCAAAACCCAACCCCACUGUCCCCAUCAGUUCAGCCAAUCACAGUGCAAGGUCUCCUUUCGAGGACGCUAUGACAGAAUCACAGUCUCUAUUCUCAGACAACUUCAGACACCCUAACCCUAUCCCCAGUGGUCUCCCUACAUUUCCCAGUUCCCCACAGACAUCCAGUGAAUGGCCCACAGCUCCAGAACCUCAAAGUCUUUUCACAUCAGAAACUAUUCCGGUCUCCUCAUCUACGGACUGGCAAGCAGCAUUCGGCUUUGGCUCUUCUAAGCAGCAAGAGGAUGACCUAGGUUUUGAUCCCUUUGAUAUCACCCGCAAAGCCUUAGCAGACUUGAUUGAGAAAGAACUCUCUGUCCAAGACCAGCCUGCAUUAUCACCCACAUCUCUUCAGAACCCUUCUCCUCACACUACUGCCAAAGGGCCAGGCUCUGGCUUCCUCCACCCAUCCACAGUCGCCAAUGCCAACUCUAUCUCUAGCACCUUUCCCGUCUUGCCACAGAGGUUCCCACCGUUUCAACACAGAGCAGUUUAUAACUCGUUCAGUUACCCGGGCCAGGCAGCACGGUAUCCGUGGAUGGCCUUUCCACGCAAUAACAUCAUGCACUUGAACCACACAGCAAAUCCAACAUCCAACAGUAAUUUCAUGGACUUGAGUCACCCUUCUCAACACAACACAGGCCUAGGAGGGAUUCCCAUUUCAGACCACAGCAAUUCAGUAGAGAGUAUAAAUAUGAAGGAAUGGCAGGACGGGCUAAGGGCACUUCUGCCCAACAUAAACAUCAACUUUGGUGGGCUGCCCAAUGCUUCUUCCCCUUCAAACGCCACCCACAGUGCACCAACGUCCAACAAUGCCACAACUAACAGCCUGAACUGGGACUGCCCGACCAGCUGGAUGGAUCCCGCCAUAAUCACAGGAAUUCCAUCAUCCACCGGAAAUGGUUUAGAACCUCUGCAAGAUGACAAUCCACCACACUGGUUAAAAUCACUGCAAGCCCUGACAGAAAUGGACGGCCCCAGCAGCUCUAUACCUCCCCACCACCCUCAUAACAAUCUGUUCAGCACACAGAUACCCCUACACAGAGCAAAUUGGAGCCCAUACCAUCCCCCAACAAACCCUGCCAGUUUCCACUCUCCUCCCCCAGGCUUUCAGACAGCCUUCAGACCACCAACCAAAACCCCCACAGAUCUACUACAGAGCUCAGCCCUGGACCGUCAUUGAAAAUAUAAAGGGACACUUUAGAAAUUUGGGGAAUUCUUUCCCCACCAAUUUCAAAUGUCAAAAUCAAAUCCUCAGUGUUUCCUUCGCAUACAAUCCUUCUCCAGAAUUCUCAGAGUCUUGGUUACAAGGGGCUCCAACAACCCCCCAACCCCCACCCAUUCAUUUACAAAAUUGACAACCGACGAAGCGAGAUUCCGCCAUUUCUAGCAGUGCUGAAGUUCAUUUGCUGAGGUGACUAGUUUAUUUACAUCCGAAAGCACCAACAAGUUUCCUGAACCACUAAAGAGAGAGAGAGAGAUGGAAAUAAAAAUCAAAUAUAACUUUAAAAAGGAAAAAAAAAAAAAUGCAAAUCGAGAAAUCAUUGGUCUGCUGCAUGAGAAUGUUGUUUUUUUUUUCAAAAAAAUAAAGCUUAAUUAAAAAAAGUGAUUUAACAGCUCUGAGAUCUUAGCUAGUUACAAGUAGCAGAAAUUAUUUUAAGAUAUAAAAUUAGGGAUGAUGAAUAGAAACCUAACAUGAUCAGUAAUUUAAAAGUUAUUGUGGGGAAAGCACCAUGAAAAUUAAAUGCCAUUUAACUUUUUGGAUUUUAUUUUUGGUCAAGGUUUUGUAAAUCGGUAGCGUCUGAUGGAACACACCAUUUCAUGCUUUACUUUGUUCAGGACCAAAGGGAGCUGGAUUUACAAAUUAUAUAUAUAUAUAUUCGAUCCCCUCCGCCAUUGAAGGGGUUGAGACAAAGCGAACAAUGUUUGGCAACUUUUUGUCCAUAGUAGCCAAUUAUAAAAAAAAAUUUUUUCCGUAUAAGCUGAUUGUAAUGUUUGCCAUAUACAAUGGUGCUUUUCAAGAUGUGAGCAGCAGCAGGCCAUAGUAAAAAUUGGGCACGUUUUGCAUUUUAAUUAAAAAGAAUCCAUGAUAUGUUCAGCUUCAGGAAAACAAAAUUUCAUGAACGCCUUUUUUGAGUAUUCUCUCUUGAUCAGUGCAAACUUGAUUAUUUCAUUUAUUCUUUGUUAUUUGAAGAUCUGUGAAGGUGUUGGUGUAAUUGCUUUCUGGUGUCGAGUCACUCUUGGUCUUCUCGGAACAACUCCAGAUAAUCCCGUAAGGUUCCAGUCAUCAUGAAUAUAUAUGCUGCUUCCCUAGACCUGUGUUUUGUUUGCACAUAAGUGGAUUUGCUGCCUUCUUUUCAAGUCACUACCUGAAUUUUUUAGGAAUUUGGAAAAGGUAGCCAUUUUUCUUCAGAAAAAAAAAAUCCCAAAUAUUUGGUUUUGAUCUUUUAUCACAUCCUGGAGUUCAGCGUCCAACAGUUUCAGCAUCAUCAAGGAUGAUGGAAAUCACUUGCAGGUCUUUCGACCCAUCUCCUGAAUUUGUAUAACUUUUCUGGCGUUAUUAUCUGCAGUAUUGAAAAAGAUUGAGAAGAGGAGAAGUCUUUGAGAGGGGGGAAAAUUAAUAUGACAAAUUAAAACAUGGUUAUAACCUGACGCUAAAACUAAACCAAGAAAAUGUACCUCUGUCUUCAGAAUAAAACUAAAAUCUUAAAUAAAACAGAAAACUUGAUGAUAAA